AGAUGUGCACCAAGUCUUAGAGUUCAAGGGGAUGGAAGCAUUGUGGAACUUGGAAGACAAAUGGAAAGUGUCGACCCAAGAAGCCUUCUUGCUAUUUGGGUGCACUGCUUUUGCUGUGGCUGGGCUUGGAGCUGUUGCAGCAUUCCUCAAGAGAGCAAGAAAAAAGCAAGUGCAAGUCACCAAUGUGAGCCAAGAACUGACUGGGAGUCACUCUUUCCAUGAAGAAUGGCCAGAGCCAAGCUGUGGAUGGGUUGCAAUAAAGAGGGUGUUGAUGGGUUCGCUGAGGUGGAGCAGAGCGAGCAAGUGGGAGGAGAAGAAUAUGGGGGGAUGGGGGGAGAGGCGGCCGCCGCCGCUGCUUGCGUUGGAAGGUGAUGUUGUGGGGUGGCAGAGCCACAACUCGGAGUCGCUUGUGUGGCAGAGGCCAAUAUUAAUGGGAGAGAAGUGCGAGCUCCCGAGGUUUAGCGGGCUUAUUCUGUACGAUGAGCGAGGUCAGCCCCUUAGUGGUUCGUCAGAGGAUGCCGGCACCGAUCAGGAGAAAAAAACCAGUGGUGGGAGCACAACUCUGAAGGAUUUGCUGUGAUUUGCUUGUCAAAUUUGUCAGUAUUCUUCUAGCUGUAGGCAAAGGGGGUUUCUCCUGGAUAUUGUAACCUCUCCUAUGUGAAUGAAGCCUUUGAUCGGACAGUCUUCACAUAAACUAGUAUGAACUAAAUAGCGUCUCAGUAGAAAUGAUUGGCAGCUUAAGUUCAUACAUAGAAGAAGAUCAGAUUGCCUGGUCAAACGUCAUUAGAGGUAUCUAGGUUUCUUUCACAGCAUUUAAGACUUGCUAG